UUCAUACUUAUCAAGGUUUUGAUUGCUCUUAUAGUCAUAGUAUCUCCUGUUCAGUUUGACACUUCCUCACAGUUGAUCAUUAAUAGUUCAACUAUUUUGAAUGAAAAAUCGACUUUUUUAAGUAAUUUUGAUAAUGUUCCUGGCUUGAAAAUAAUAAUAAAAUACCUAAUUGAAAACUUGUUUGAUAAGCUAAUGGUGUGGGAUGCUGUUUAUUUCUGCAAAUUAUUUCAAAAUGGAAUUGAGUUUGAACACGAAUGGGUUUUUGGUCCUUUAUGGUGGAGAUUUAUUAAAAAUUUCGAUAGUUACUUGAUCUCAAUUUUACGAUUUGUGAAAAAUUUUGUGGUUAUAAGUAUUGAUUUUGAAAAAGUUUCCAAUAUUUACGAUAAUUUUUAUUCAAAGUUGAUAACAAGUGUUAUAAUUACGAAUUUAUGUCAUUAUUUAUCUUGCAUCAUAAUAUAUGACUUGACAGCUGUAACUUUUAAAAAAAAUUCCCUAUUCAAAAGAUGUUUUAAAUUAAAUAUGCCAUUAAAGUCAUCAUUGUUAUUGGUGUUAUCACCUUCUGGUAUUUUUCUAUUCGCUCCAUACUCCGAAGCAUUAUCAUGUUUAAUUUCCAUUCUAGCCAUAUACUUUCGAGAGGUUUCAAUGUUGUUGACCACGCAUUCCUAUCUAGUUUCGAUUCCAAGAUUUCAAUCGGUUUUCAAAAUAUUGCUAUAUGUUAUUUCUGGAACUUUAGUAUCGAUUGGUUUAAUGAUCAGAUCCAAUUUGUUGUUAUUAGGUAUAUUUUAUUUAUAUGAUUUAUAUGAGUUUUUAAGAUUUAGAAAAUUUUUAAAUUCAAUUAUAUCAUUAAUUACAGGUUUACAAGUUUUUAUUUCUUUAGUGAUUUUGAAUUACAUCUCAUAUAUUGAAUAUUGCCCUCAAAGAGAUAAAUGGUGCUCAACAAUCGAUAAAUCGUUGAUUAAGUUUGCCCAGUCAUAUUAUUGGGACAAUGGAUUUUUAAAAUAUUGGUCAAUCAAUAACAUACCAAAUUUUUUGAUAGUAUUACCGAUUUUAGUUUUAUUCAUAUCCUCAAUUCGACAUUUUUCAAAUAGGUAUUACUGUUUAAACUUAAACCCUAUGAUACUAAUAGCAAAAGUUUAUUUAUUUUUAGGUAUAUUUUUCUGGAAUAUUCAAAUUUUGAUUAGAAUUAGUUGUUUUUUGCCGAUUUCUAUCUGGUAUUUAGCUGAUAAAUUAAAUCUAACCAUUGAAAGACAAAAAAAAACUGGAAAACUCUACAAAAAUUCAAAGAAGUUUACUAUUAAUACUGAAAAUCUUUUUAUUUUUUGGCUGUUUAGUUGGAUUAUGAUUCAAUCGUCAUUAUUUGCUUCAUUUUUGCCACCUGCAUAA